AUCUUUGGAAUGAAGUAAAAAUAUUUUCUGAAGAAAUGCUUUAUGAACAAGUUUUUGUACCCAGAUCAUUUGAAGAUAAAGAAAUUGAACUUAAAAAUGAGAAUAUCAAAAUUAAAACAGAGAAAGCAAGAGAAAUGUGUUCUAAUAGUUCAAGUAUUACUUGGAAAAGAACCUAUAUUGAAUAUCGUCCAUCUUUUAUGGAGGGAUUAGAGCUUGAUGCUUUCUUUCCAUGUCAUCGAAUUGCAUUAGAA